CUCACGUGGGUUUGCUGAGUCGCGUUGACGUCCGCCCGCAGUGACGUUGUUCUAUCAAUCGUAAACAAGACUCGACUGAGAUUGAUUCCUGUCGUCUUUCUCUGCAACGCAACGACGCUCCACACAGCAGAUGACAGGCGCUGCAAAAUCCUAUAAACGCUUAUGACUUUUGAGGAUUCCAGGAUUCCAAAUACCUGGUAUCACCUACAAACCUUGCCUGUCUAACCGUCUUUGGAACACCUCCAGCCUCAGUCUCAGUCGUAGUUUCUUCUCUCGGGCUCGCGCCUGCAUGGGAGUCCACGACAGAAGCUACAGACUAGCCACUAUGGACCCCGUGGAUGCCGACGACCAUGAGCUCAGAGAAGCCAUUGCACUCUCGCUAAGAGAACUCUAUGACACUGGAGAUAACCCUGAGCCUGUUUCCAAUGGACAGCAACAACCCGUUGUCGAUUUAACUGGCGAUUCCGAUGAUGAUGAGCCAGUGCAAAUUUAUCCAAAGUCAAAUUCAGUUGUUGGGUCGGAAACAGAUCAAGAUGAGGACGAAGGAGACAAAGAAGCAGAUGAAGAACUCAGGAGAGCCAUCCAGUUGUCGUUACAGAGCGCGGGUGAAGAUGUGAACGAUGCUGCUGAAGCUCCCAAGCCUUCUGAGAAAACGCAGAUUUUGGACACGAAGCCAUCUUCAGAAGUAGAGCCACCCACAAAAAACAACAAACCCUCCCAACCUAUGGGGAUAUUAGGCUUGGAUCGAAGGCAGAUGGAGCAAGAACGCUUGGCACGCAUGGGGAAAAGGAAGGCUGAAGACACUGCGUCAAUCGAACAGCCUGAGUCGAAACUCUUGAGAACUGGAUCCGUCCCAAAAGAUAUUUUAUCCACUGGGGGUGCUGCCGCAACGACCUCUGCUGGCUCAAUAUCCUCCAGUUCCGGCAUUCCUGCUGUUAAACAGGCAGGAAACGGGCAGGUCACGAUGCCGUCCAGUACACCAUCGGUACAAUUCCCUACCGGUGUUGUAAAAAAGACGUGGGCAUUUCUCCAAGAACGCUCAGGUGAUGAUAUCAAAAUCGAAGAGGUGUUUCAAAAGUCAGAUCUAGAGCUUGCUGUCUUGAGCUCCUUUAUGUGGGACAUGGAGUGGCUUUUCUCAAAGGCGGACACAAGAAAGACCCGGUUUCUUUUGCUCAUGCAAGCCAAAGAAGAAUCCACGAAACGGCAAUACGAAUCAGAAACAGCAUCAAUGAAAAACCUACGGCUAUGCUUCCCACCCAUGGAUGGACAAGUGAAUUGCAUGCACUCGAAGUUGAUGCUGCUCUUUCAUCCUGAAUAUGUUCGGAUUGCGGUUCCAACAGCCAACUUGACUUCAUUUGACUGGGGUGAGCAAGGGGGACUCAUGGAAAAUAGUGUCUUUAUUAUUGAUCUUCCCAAGAAACCCGAGCAAGUAACCAGUGGGUCUUCAAAAACGGCAUUCUACGAGGAAUUGGUCUAUUUCCUAAAAGCCAGCACACUACACGAAAAUAUCAUUGCAAAGCUUAAUAGUUUUGACUUUGGUAAGACUGCCGAUAUAGCAUUUGUUCACACCAUUGGUGGGUCGCAUACAGGAGAUUCAUGGAAACGUACAGGAUACUGCGGUCUUGGCCGGGCAGUAAAUUCUUUAGGAUUACAAGUUUCCAAACCCAUAAAUAUCGACUACGUGACAUCUUCCAUCGGCUCCUUAACCGACGAGUUUAUGAGAUCCAUAUACCUCGCAGCACAGGGCGACGACGGCCUAACAGAAUACACCCUCCGAACAAACAAAUCCUUCCCUGCGCGAAGUCGUACAAAUCCCACCCAGCUAAUCCAAAAAGCCACCGCCUCAGAAUGGAAAGAUGACAGAUUCCGAGUCUACUUCCCCUCAGAACGCACAGUCAGUGAUACGAAAGGUGGGCCGCGCAAUGCGGGUACAAUAUGCUUUCAGUCAAAGUGGUAUGAGGGCGCCAAGUUUCCGCGCCAUGUGCUGCGGGACUGUGAGACGAGGAGGGAUCGUUUGCUGAUGCACAAUAAGAUUCUAUACGUGAGACCUGACGAGCCGAUAAUAAUGCAAGAUAAUUCGAAAUGUCGAGGUUGGGCUUACGUGGGAAGUGCGAAUCUAUCAGAAAGUGCCUGGGGCCGUCUCGUCCAGGAUCGAACAACCAAAGAACCAAAACUCAACUGCCGGAAUUGGGAAUGUGGAGUGCUUAUUCCAGUUGUCGACAAGACUCAGAACUCACAAGCCCCCGAAACGAAGCAAUCUACCCCCGAGUCCCCAGAUAUGUUGAAUCUCUUCCAGGGCACGAUCCCAAUCCCGAUGCAGCUUCCAGGCAAAGAAUUUGGGGGCAAUCGUAGACCGUGGUAUUAUUCGAGUACAUUUAUGUGAGGAAUCAGAUGCUGUCUAGCAUGUAUGUAUAAUAUCAAUUAUGUAUGAGAAAGUAAUCUCGUCUAUCUAAAAUCCGCUCCAAAAGACAAAAAGAAAGCUUUUAUCUCUUCAUCCACAUGAAUCAAUAAAUCAAUCAGUAAUAGUAUGUACCUUCAACACCACAAACCCCUUUCUCAACAAACAAUCAACCAAUCAUUGCUGCUCCUUCUUCGAGCGGGUAAAGAUCCUCUUCACACCAUCAAUCAUAGCCCCAAUAAGACCAAAAACAUAACCCAUUCCAAACGACCACCCCUUAACACGAACAGUGAAG